UGCAAAUUGAUAAUUUGCAAAUCAGUCCUUUUCCCACUUAUACUUACUUCAAGAAGUGGCUCUAUAUUCUUAAAUUUCCAAAGAGGCCCUAGAUUUGUGUUAUUUUUACAAAACAUUCCCUCAAGUUUAACAUUAUUCCCUUUUGACCCCCACUCGCUGAUUUCAUAGUAAAAUGGGAAGAAGAAGAAGAAGAAGAAGAAGAAGAAGACGGUGACGGAAUUAUUAGAAACGAAGAAGUCCAUUUCUCCGAUACCUGCCAUUUGCUUCGGCCUUGCCCCUGAAAUUUCCGGUAGCUAUUCUGACUCCGAUCCGCUCAUCGGAACAGAAAUCUUUCCGUUGAGAAGAAUUCGGAGCUUGGGCAGAAGUGUAAGACGUUGGUUAUUGAGAAAAAUAAUGGUUCAUCAUUCUAGCUUUGUGGAUGAGGAAGGAAUAAGCAAGGCUUGUGGUUGUCCUUUACUUCCUUUGAAAAGUCACAUAAAGGGUCCUGCUCCAGUUUCAGAUCAAGAUAAGACUGAUAUUGUUGAUGAAGCAAUUACAUUCUUUCGUGCCAAUGUCUUCUUUAGAAAUUUUGACAUUAAGAGUCCUGCUGAUAAGCUUCUCAUCUAUUUGACAUUCUACAUCAAUGUGGCUUUGAAGAGGCUUGAAGGUUGCAGAACUUUGGCUGUAGGAACCAAGGCAAUAAUUAACUUGGGUUUGGAGAACGUUCCCGUGCCCGGAGAGUCAGGCUUUCCCUUUCCUGGACUCUUCCCUAUUCCCCAAUCUAAUGAGGAAGCAGAGCUAUUCAGGAAUUAUUUGAAGCAGAUAAGAGAAGAAACGAGUGGGAGACUUUUGAGUGUUGCCUAUAGAGCCAAUGGGACUCCAAAUAAAUGGUGGUUAGCAUUUGCAAAGAGAAAAUUCAUGAACAUCAUCAUUCCUUGAUGAAUUUGCUUCCAAGACUGUUGAUGUGAAAGUUUUGAACAUCAUCAUUCCUUGAUCACAUGGGCUGCUUGUGGUUUCUACUGGUAUUUUAGGAGUUAGUUUGUAUGAACAGAAUCUGAAUGUUAUAUCAGUUUAUGCUAAUGCAUAUCAAAUUUCAUCAGAAGCUAGGUCAUAUUCUUUUUCUUUUUAAUAAUCAUCUUAAAUGUAAUAUGCUGUCAUUUCACAAUUUUUGUACAUCGAAAAAUUACACAACCCAUCUUAAUCAGAAGAAAUAGUUUAUCUCCGUC